UUUACAAAUAUCAUUCGAUUCGUAUCAUUUUCAUACAUAUAGCUCUUUACAUACGACUGUCCUCUACCGCCGCCUUUUCAAAGAGAUUCUAUACAAUUUGUUCGAAGAUGAGCCAAUACAGCCAAAACCAAUCAGCAGGAGCUUAUCCUACGCCGCCAGUGUCUACUGGUCCCUACGUGGCACCGCCACCUCUCGGUUACCCUACAAACAAUACGAGUUAUGUAACAGCGGCUCCGGUCGAGACAAAGUCCAAGGGUGAUGGAUUCUUGAAAGGCUGUCUUGCGGCCAUGUGUUGCUGUUGUGUCCUCGACGCCUGCUUCUGAGCUCGGAGGAAUUCGACGGUUUCUUUGAUAUUCGUGCAAAUUAAUUUAUCAUUGUAUUUUAUCACAUUUGGACUUCAUAUUUGUUGAUUCAAUUCUAUAUUACUCUUUGGUUUGUAAUUGCGGAAUUUCUUAUCUUAAUAUAUCAGUUUUUUUUUCUUUA